AGGCCGCCAUUCUGUGAGGAUAAAAAAAAGUAGCCCAGAUCCGACAUGUGGAAGCCAUUGGCCUUCUCCUUCCUCACGGAGGCGUCCGCUCUCCGGGGUGGCCGCUGUCUCAGCUGUCAAUUCCGCCAUGCUGCGACUACUCUGCACUCCAGGCAAGCUCUGCGUCACUACACUAGCAAGAACCAGAAAGGAAACAACGGAAACAGCAACGGCAAAAAGGCAACAACUGCUGCCCCCAGUACGAGGGUCCAGUUCAAGCAGAAUCCAUCUCCAACAGCAAAUCCCAGCAGCAAGCCGGGCGAUGAAGACUUUGUUCCGCCGUCACUCGACCGCCCGAUAGGAACGGUGAUUCCACCAGAGGAAGGGCAGAACACAGGAAUUGAUAAGCGGACAUUGGGCGAACGGCGGGAUGACUUUGUCAAUUACGACAAGCACCUUGAGAGGCGGAAAGAGCUAACAAGACAAGUUGCGAAACCGUACUUCCGCGAAUGGUCGAAUAUGCGCUAUCAUGAAGGCAAGACUUUCCUAUCGAACCUGCGACUGUUUAAGCGCGAAAAGGCUCUCUAUUUUCCGAAUUUAUGCGGGCAUACGCUGGCGUCACCCAAGGAACCGCAGAAUACCACCUCAUUGUUACGCGGCAAGAUCUCCGUCGUCAGUCUCUUCUCUAGCGUCUGGGCUGAGCGGCAGGUGGCAACCUUCCUGGGCCCCAAACAGAACCCUGGGCUCUACGAGGCUCUCGCGGCGGGGGGACCGGCAGUCCAGAAGGUUGAUAUCAACCUUGAGGAGAACCCGCUUAAAGCUGGACUGAUCCGGAUGUUCAUGUGGAGCAUGAGAAAGAAGCUGCCAGAGGAACAGCACGAGCGAUACUUUCUCGUCCGCAGGGGUCUAACAGACGGGCUUAAGGAGGCUAUCGGGAUGAUGAACUCGAAAGUCGGAUAUGUCUACCUACUUGACGAGAACUGUCGUAUUCGAUGGGCGGGGAGCGGCCCAGCCGAGGACGCCGAGCUGGACGCUCUGAACAAAGGAAUCCAGAGACUAGUGGAAGAGAAGAGGAUUAGGAUGGAGUCUGACAUGCCAGCUGAGGCUUGGGACUCGGCGGCCAAGACGGCCGAAUCGACACAGCCCCGACCCCGGGUUGUCGUCAAGGCGUGAUUUUUGGACAUGAAUAACACUUCUCUUCUCUGUUUUUUUUCCCUCUCACAUGUACAUUAUAUGUAUAAAAUUAGACGACAACGCCAUCAUAAAGAUAGAUCACCAUGUAUAAAGAAUUAUAGUAGAGUAGUACGCCCGCAAACGCCUCGAUGUCCAGAACCGCUGAAUAUAAGACACGCAUUGGAAGAGGGAUAAAAAGCAGCGAGAAAAGAGCAAGAGCCUAACUGAAAAAAA